CACACCCUGUCUCCUUCCCUUCUCCCUCUAUAAAUUUGCUCUCAGAAACCUCUGAAAAUCACAUAGUUUCAUUCUUUUCUUCUUUUUCAUUAAAAUCUCCAUUGAAACCUGAGAGUCUUCUUCUUCUUCAAUCCCUCUCAUUUAAUUUCUUGUAUCAAAGCAAUAAUGAGAAGGUUUCAGCUCCACAAUCACUAAACAAGGAGCUGAGACCAACCCAGAACCAAAGACUCCUCACACUCACAAACACUCACAGCCUUGUCACUCUACCAAAAAAUAUAUUCCUUUCAUUCAUUCGUUCAUUGAUAACAAUAACCAUAUAGGAUUUUUAAGGACAAUGGAGCAAGCAAACGAUGUGGUCGUUGCAGAGAACAAAGCCAAAUAUGGAGGUGGUGGCGGUAGCGUUAGCAUAGCCGAGAGGAGGGCAGCCAAGUGUGGAUUCAAUGCGGAGAGGAUCAAUACGGCGCGUUUCAGGAGGACCAACACCAGCCCUCUGCCUUCGCCGGUGGAGAGGUCUCCUUGCCACCUCACUAUUCCUCCCGGCAUCAGUCCCACCGCUUUGCUCGACUCCCCCAUGAUGCUCCCCAAUUCUCAGGCAUUGCCAUCUCCCACUACCGGAACUUUUCCAUUGCUUCCUCCUAGUGAUGACAGUUCAAUGCUGAAAUCUGCAACUAAUGAAGAUGUUCGUAGGGGGAGUGGUUUUGAUUCAUCCUUCAUGUUGAAGAGUCAAGGAGAUCCUAAGUAUCUGCCAGGUUAUUCUGGUUUUGAAAAUCAGGGAUCUAAUGUUGACUAUCAAGCUCUUGUCUUGGAGCAACAGCCAAUGGAUUUUGAUUUCCCGAUGGAAUUUCCUGAAGAAGUGAAUGCAAAACACUAUGCUGUUGAUCCAUCUAAUGAUGUUAAGAAUUUAAAUAGUGUGGUAAUGAAUGAGAGCUGUGUUGACUUGCAAAUGCCUCAUUCCAGCUUAGCUUCUUUUCCCAAAGAAGUUAUUCAUGGGGAGGAUGUUGGGACCCAUCAACUUUUGGAAGGAGACCAUAAAGGGUAUCCAUCUCUGGGAAUGGCAAGGAAUUCAGAGGAUGGAUACAAUUGGAGGAAGUAUGGGCAGAAACAGGUUAAAGGUAGUGAAUAUCCAAGGAGCUACUAUAAGUGCACACAUCCAAAUUGUCAGGUGAAGAAAAAGGUGGAACGAUCCUUUGAUGGUCAAAUAACAGAAAUCAUUUACAAGGGAGCUCCUCAUAACCAUGCACAACCUCAGCCUAAUCGACGAGCUGCAGCAUCACUUGGAUCAGCAUUUUCAUUUGAUGAGAUGUCAGAGAUGGGUGAGGGCAAUAGAACCUCUGUCAAAGUUGACAGUGACUCACUUUGGGCAAAGAUUCAGUCUGGUGAGGAUAUUAAGAGUGGUUAUGAUGGGAGGCUUGAUGGUCUGGAAAGGACUUCCUCAGCAUCCGUUGUUACUGAUCUUUCUGAUCCAUUAUCGGCUACCCAAGGAAAAUCCCCGGGUAUCUUUGAAUCUGUAGACACUCCAGAGUUUUCAUCCACACUUGCUAGUGUUGAUGAAGAUGACCAGGCCACCCUACGGAGCAUAUCGCUUGGAGAGGAUGCAGAUAAUGAAGAAUCUGACUCAAAAAGAAGAAAGAAAGAUAGCUGCAUGAUUGAAACAAGUAUAGCUUCCAGGGCUGUCCGUGAACCAAGAGUGGUUGUCCAAAUUGAGAGUGAAAUCGACAUACUUGAUGAUGGCUACCGUUGGCGGAAGUAUGGACAAAAAGUUGUCAAAGGAAAUCCAAACCCCAGGAGCUACUACAAAUGUACAAGUGCGGGAUGCUUAGUAAGGAAGCAUGUGGAAAGGGCCUCCCAUGAUCUGAAAUUCGUAAUUACUACAUACGAGGGAAAACACAACCAUGAAGUGCCUGCAGCCAGAAACAGUAAUCAUAUAAACUCAAGCAGUGCAAAUGGACAUCCACCUACUCAGUCAGCACUGGCGUUAUCCAGAAAUACCAACAUUCCAAAACCUGAGACACAAGUACAAGAUCUUGCGCCUCAUUUUGAUAGAAAACCAGAAUUUCAUGACGAAUACCUGCGACCUACUUAUCUUGGGAAUUUCAGCAAUGACUUGAAAUAUGGAGCUACCUCCAUCUACCAAAUGAAGUUCCCACCUCUUCAGAAUGCAAUGCCAUAUGGCUCCUUUGGUCUAAAUGCUCCUCAUCACAAUGUGGCUCACCAGGCUGGUUCUGUUGCAUCUAUUGUCCCAGACUUCUCCAUGUCACUGCCCUUGAAUCUUCCCCCAUCUGGGAAUCUUGGUCUCGCAGGUUUUGAUUUCAAUAAUGGAAAGUCAGUAUAUCCAGUGCAGCCUUAUGUCUCAGGACAGCAGCUCCAGGAGAAUGACUUACGGUACCUGAAGCCAAAACAAGAGCAGAAGGAUGAUGGCCUUUAUGAUGCCUGCAGCCUGCCUAUCAUUGAUCAGGGAAAUGCAUCAUUGUCACCAUCCUCAUCCUUACUCUAUCACAGAAUGAUGGGAAGCUAUUCAUCAUAGAUUUUUAGUUUUUGUUCCGAAGCAGUUCAUCUCAACUAAAGUGAGGCAGACUCUGCCAGCCUAACUUUGUGGUCAAGGUUUUAUUUUCUUUCAAUUUCGCCACUGUCAUAGUUUCUUCUUGUUUUCUGAGAAAAUACCUAUACAAAAUUUGGAAAAAAAAAAAUUAAUACAGUCACAGAAAUUGAUCCUCUCUCUGUCUCAUCUAUAUGUU